GUUAAUGACAUUUAUUUCUAUCUUCUUCUUCCUCAACCAAGCAACCAAUCAUCGUAAUCAUUCCUACCAUCUUCCUAGGGUUUUCAUUAUCUCAUACUGUGAUUUACUGCAUUGGAUUCUUCAUCAUGGAAAUCGUGCCAAUUUCUAAUCGAUUCAAGCUCUAUGACCAAUUGGAGUUGCAGGAGUUCCAUGACAAGUACGUCAUCAAGUCCGUUGAAUCUCCAGAUCAAGGUUUCUCUAUUUGUCGUCGCGAUGGCAAUAUUGAGCUACUGAGUGAUACUACAUGUUCCGGGAGUCCAUCCAGAGUCUCUACUAUCUUUGGGGUGGGUGGAACAAUCAGAUUGCUUACAGGAACAUAUUUACUCAUAAUAACAUCGAGAAAAGAAGUUGGGUUUUUUCUAGGUUUCCCUAUUUUCCGGGUAGUUUCUAUGAAAUUCCUGGCUUGCAAUACAGAUAUGAGGUUCUCAACUUCUCAAGAAAAAAGAGAUGAGGCUUACUUCAUGACUCUGUUGAAAACGGUGGAAAAUACUCCGGGAUUGUACUACUCAUAUGAAACAGAUAUAACAUUGAACUGCCAGAGAAGAUAUAAAUUAGCAGAAGGUUGGAUGUGUAAACCAAUGUGGAAGCAGGCUGACCCUCAAUUUGUUUUUAACAGAAAUCUUUUGGAGGAACUUAUUGAGUGUAAGCUUGAUGGCUUUAUCAUUCCUAUUGUACAAGGAAAUAUAAGUCAAUUUGAUAGAGAAGAUAUAAUUUCAUUUCAAUGCAUCUUAUCUAUUUUGGUAUCUUUGUUUCAGAUUCGAGGAUCAAUUCCACUUCUUUGGGAGCAGAUUGUUGAUUUGAGCUAUAAACCGCAACUUAGAAUCAUUAAUCAUGAACAAACGCCAAAAGUUGUAGAGCGCCAUUUCCACAAUCUUUUACAAAGAUAUGGAGAAACUAUAGCAGUUGAUCUAACAGAUAAACAAGGAGAUGAAGGUCUGUUAAGUAUGGCAUUUGCUGCGGAAACACAGAAGCUUCCAAAUGUGAGAUAUGUACCUUUUGAUUUUCAUCAUGUUUGCGGCAACUCAAACUUUGAUAAGUUACAAAUUCUUUAUGAUCAAAUCUCAGAGGAAUUUGCAAAGCAGGGAUACUUUCUCGUAGACGAAGAAAGAAACAUUCUAGAGGAACAGAGAGGGAUUAUUAGAUGUAACUGCAUCGACUCUCUUGAUCGUACAAAUGUUACGCAGAGUUACCUGGCUCAGAAAUCUCUGAAUGCACAACUGCAAAGAGUUGGGGUGCUGACUUCUAUUGAGUGCAUUUCAAAUUUUGUCGAAGAUUAUAGCAAGUUCAGAACAUUGUGGGCUGAACAAGGGGAUGAAAUAAGCCUUCAGUACGCUGGGACCCAUGCCCUAAAAGGGGAUCUUGUCAGAUACGGAAAACAGACAAUAGGUGGACUAAUCAAAGAUGGAAUGAGUGCCGUCUCAAGAUAUUAUUUGAAUAAUUUCCAUGAUGGAGUUCGACAGGAUGCGUUAGACCUUAUUAGUGGCCGCUACACUGUCAACAGAAAUAAUUCUCCAUUCCAGCUUAAUGGAUUUGAAUCAUUUGCUUAUCUCCCAGUAGCAUCAGCUUUGCUGAUCGGAGGUUUGACAUUGACAUCCGUCACACUUCAGCAAGCGGGACGAAAUGCUCAUCAAUAUCUAUCUUCUGUGCUUUGGGCUGGAAUGACUGCUGGAGUGAUGGCAGUGGUCAAAGCUAAUGGAAGACAGUUCUGCUCUAGGCCUCGCCUCUGCAGGCUUCUCUAAGUUUGUCUGAUCUAAACCCGGGAUCAGAAAUUGUAUGGCAUAUAUUAUCUCAAUAUUGUUUGAAAGUUGUUUUUUCAUAAUAAGAAGCAAUCUUGUCUUCAUUGGUUUCUUUACAAGGGGACUAAUUACAAGCAGCUUCUCCUCUGAGUGUAUACCCAUAUAGGCGGUCUGUAUUUUGCGUGAAGGAGCAGCAACUAGUUGAGCGUGGGCCUUGUACCACCGACUGCUGCAUAAAGGAUGCUGACAGCAUUGCUUGGCAGUUCUAUUUUUGGACUCAAAACUGUUCAAAAUUACAUUUCCCAAGGACCCUUCAACUUGGGAUUGCUGCUGCACCAGUCGAUUAUCUACUAAAUAUUUACUCGGUGCCAUGUAAAUGCAAAUAACGGCUGCAUCUAAGAGCUGAGCACUGUAAGAAUAAAUCGCGGAGACACCAUAGGACCGUCUUGUGCUUGCCAAAAGUCCCGGAUCAAGUUGAUUCUGCCUUACGACAAUGAAUCUAACAUCCAGAGACAGACAUUGGAACUAGAUACGUACCUAACCUAUCUAACCUCAUUUAGUUUUUUAUCCAUUGUUCUGUAACAAAAGACCCACAUGUUAAAGUUCGAACAUAUCUGUAUAUUAGAUGGAUGUAAUAACUAUUCAACUAAAAUAUGAUUCUCAUAUCUAAUCUCAUAUAUUGGUUUUGGUCCAACCAA